AUGAACACCACAGUCUUCCUCACACGUUUUCAAAGCCGCGUACACAAUCCGUGAUCAGCUCAGGAGGCCUUUAACCUCGUACAGCCGAUGAUCAACCCGCUCCACAACGGCUCCUGCAACUACGUCUGCACGGCUUGGCAGCCUCACAGCAAAUGAGGAAAAUUUGCUCAUAAUUGCCCUCUGAUGACCUCAUAUGAGUACGCAAAUGCCAAUUAGAAGAUGGAGGCAUUGGCAGGGCUUAAACGGUCAUUUGAAGCAGUGGAUGCCAUUGCCGAGCAUCACUCACGCAGCGUCUCUCGCAAUACGAAGGGAACGUGGAACGCUUUCCUCCACUCGGAAUGUUCUCAGGCCGAAAUCCAGGUCUGCUUCGGUUCGAUCUGUAGUGCGUCAAUACAAGUAAGGGCCGAUCCCGUGGCCUCGGUUCGAGAGAUCUCAAAGCGUACGUUCCAUGGAGAGGAAGGCGUUGCACUAGAGCUCUGCUUAGACGGCGAGAGCUUUUGGGUCAGAGUUCCCGGAGGUGAGCUCUUCGGCUGCUUGUCUGCCAAGGUAUCACAAGCUCUGAAGCCGUUAGAUGCGCUCUCGCAUACGUGUAUUCAAAUGGAAGGUGUCAUAUCCUCAUCCACGCUCGAGAAAGCCAGGUCGGCUUGGAAGAAAUCUGGAAGAUCAGCAACUACGACGAUCGACAUCAACUUUUACGGACAUCCACAUUCAGCCAGAAGGGUGGGCGACGGACUCGCCUCUGCGAAGUUGUUCCUGCAGCCUCCCGGCCUGGAUCUCCAGUCGCUGCCCUAUGACAACCCGCAGUAUUUAAAACUCCCGGGGGUUUUCAAUGUGCGAAGUACUUCAGGCAACGAUAUAGAGAGGCGCGAGCGAGCUAGUGAUAACGCCCAGCCCGCUUCGAAUUCUGAGAUAGAAGCGAUCCUAGAUCACAUGCCUCAACCGAAUUUUCUUAGAGAAAUCUCCACCGAUGGCCGAAUCAUUACCGCACUGGUCAAAUAUCAGAAAGAGGCGGUUGAUUUCAUAACGAGGAGAGAGACGGGUGACUUGCCGCCUUCUCUAAGCCUGUGGAGACCGCAAUCCUCCGCGAAUGGCUUCUUUCACUACCAACACGUCAUACUCCCAAGUGCUAAGAAUAGUACAAUGGAGGAUAUCCUCGGUGGCCUCCUCGCGGACGAUAUGGGCCUUGGCAAGACGCUUUCGGUGCUUGCAGUGAUUGUAGCAUCGCUCAGCCGGGCUUUCGAUUUUGCCUUCGCGAAGACGAGAGCAGCACCCAGCCAUUGGGAGCAUAAUGUUCCAUCCAAAACCACGCUCGUCAUUGUCCCUUCGUCUCUUCUUAUGGAUAGCUGGGAUGAAGAAAUUCAGAAACACAUUAUUCCUGGCACGCUAAAGACCCAUAGAUAUCACGGAGCGGGCAAGCAGAUAGGAUUAUCAGAUCUGUUGACACACGAUAUCGUUCUUACUACGUAUGCAACCGUCGGCUCAGAAUUUUGCCGUGGUCAGAGCAUCCUAAAUCGCGUUGAAUGGUAUCGACUCGUUCUUGACGAAGCGCAUAGUAUCCGAAAUCCCUCCACGAGGCAAUUCCGCGCUAUAAGCUCUAUUUCCGCGCACAUCCGAUGGUGCUUGACUGGGACUCCCAUACAAAACACCCUCGAGGAUCUUGGUGCCUUGGUGAAGUUCCUACGAGUACCCAUACUGGACGAUAUGAGGACCUUUAGGAAACAUAUUACCGUCCCUGUUCAGGCGAACUCUUCUGGGCGCUUUGCGAACUUGCGACGGCUUCUAGAGUCGCUAUGUCUACGACGAACAAGGACUUUACUCGGGCUGCCUGAUCCUAUUAAUGAUACGCAGAUGCUGAAGUUUUCAGCUUCGGAGAGCGCCAUGUACCAAGAUUUUGGGGAAAACUGUAGGCAUGCCAUAGAUUUGGCCGUCUCCGGACACAGCAUGCAGAAGGCAAAUCAUCACGUCAUCCGAGCCAUCCUGGGCAUGCGUCUAUUCUGUAAUGAUGGGCCAAAAGCACUGUUGGGGAAAUGGGGCCCUUGCGGCUUUCCCUCUGAUCCCGAAGAAGCCUUGAGCUAUCUACAGACCACCGGGAAGUCCAUUUGCGCUCAAUGCGAGUGCGAAGUGCUUGCUCUAUAUCAAGCAGACGAUCGUAGCUCUGGAGUCCUGACAAUCUGUCAGCAUGUGCUUUGCGGAGAAUGCCGUCCAAUUUUCGAAGCAGACCUUGAUGCUUACCUAGAAGAUGGGCGCACUCAAUGCCCGAUCUGCGGGCUUCAAGGUUCACGGGAUGCCUUCAUCACGGAACCCUCGCAACAAUGUGCGAGCACCUCGCCGCAAAAGUCAUACCCAACGAAAUUACUGGCCCUUCUCGAAAAUGUCCGUGGCCAUAAUAGUGCCGAUAAAUGUGUUAUCUUUUCGUUCUGGAAGAAGACGCUGGAUAUGGUAGCUGAUCUGUUUGUUUCAAACGGCAUACCUUUCCUCCGUAUGCAUGGCAGUCUUGCGCCCGGCAAAAGAGCCAAAAUUCUGACCGAAUUUGAGCAAUCGACCUCCAUUAGGGUUCUACUCGUUACGUUCGGAACAGGGUCUGUGGGCAUCAACAAAUUGAUGGUUGCUAAUCACAUCCAUAUUCUCGAGCCACAAUGGAAUCCGUCUGUGGAAAGCCAAGCAAUUGGGCGGAUCCUUCGAUUUGGGCAAGAGAAAUUCGUCAAGAUCAUCCGAUAUAUCGUCAAUGAUACUGUGGAAGAAGCCGUCCAAUCCCAACAGCUGCGCAAACUUCAGCUUUCAGGAGGAGGCUUCGGCCUGAGUAAGGACGAGCACGCCUCGCAAAGGAUUCAAGAAAUCAUGAGGCUACUGUGUCCUUCGAAAUCGCCGAACGGACCUGCAUCAAUGGACCCGGGAGACGUUCCGCAACACCUACCUGUUUCAGAUCCAGACUAGUGCGUAAGCUCGCGGUGCUUUUCAACUUUGCACUUAUCUACAUCGCCGCAGUCUUAAAAUACAGCGGGUCUCCUCGCUGUUUCUGCUCGAAUCGUGCUAGGCUAGCCGGGUCAACAUUCAAGACCGGGUUACACCGUGGACACAGGCUUAGUUGAGAGCAAACAUCUGCUUUGUUGCCGGAGAAAGCGAGUCACGCUUCGCACCCCGAAGAUGUCGUACCUGAAGAGCCACGAAGCACUCCAGCGAUUCAAUCCAUGGAUUUUAAUUGCAGUGGUCGGCCAGUGUCGUAAAUUGAUCUAAAUCUACUCUCGAUUCACACGCGAAAUGUCA